ACGCGCUACCGUUGCGCCACGAGGUCUGGUAUCAUAAACGCAAUAAAAGGCCACCUGCUUAUCUGUGCAUGUCGGCAUCUAUUGGUCUUCUUUUAAAACAUAUUUACGCGAAAUGUUUUUCUUUUCCAUCACAGGCUUUUAGACAAAUCUGUCUUUUCUAAACACAGCACAAGGCACUUCUCGGUGCGCUGCUCAGGUAUAUGACUGGGUACAAACAUCGUAAUGAUUUCAUAUUUGGGGGUCGAAAGUGUUUUCCUUCCGCUGUUAUCGGAUCUGGCUUCUGCACGUGGCCUCAUGUGUUUCUUUCAGGUGAAAGGUCUGUGUGUUCAUGCCAGCUGUUUCCAGCACAUAAAGACCUGAAGCUUCUGGAGAAUCUUGGACACUUAACCUGACACCUUCACAGUAACCAGCCCGUUCAAAAUGGAUGGGUUAACUGCUGUCAUUGUUCGUGGCUUUAAAUGUCCUCUGCCAUGGCAAAGCAUGAGGCUGGGAGCACCAGCCCUGUGGUGCGUCAGAUAGACAAGCAGUUUCUGGUCUGCAGUAUCUGUCUGGAUCACUACUGCAACCCCAAGGUCCUGCCCUGUCUGCACACCUUCUGUGAAAGCUGUCUCCAGAACUACAUUCCCCCGGAGUCUUUGACGCUCUCGUGCCCAGUGUGUCGGCAGACGUCCAUCCUGCCAGAAAAAGGAGUUUGUGCUCUGCAAAACAACUUCUUCAUCACUAAUCUCAUGGAGGUCCUUCAGCGAGACCCAGAGUGCUCGCGGCCAGAGGCCUGCAGUGUCCUGGAGUCAGUCAGCGCUGCGGCUGCAGGGAAGCCCCUCUGCUGCCCAAACCAUGAGGGGAAGGUGAUGGAGUUCUACUGCGAGUCAUGUGAGACAGCCAUGUGUUUGGACUGUACAGAGGGCGAGCACCGGGAGCAUGUGACCGUUCCCCUGCGGGACGUCGUAGAACAGCACAAGGCUGUGCUGAAGACGCAGCUGGAUGCCAUACGCAGCAGGCUUCCUCAGCUAACAGCAGCCAUCGAGCUGGUCAGUGAGAUCUCUCGCCAGCUGAAUGAAAGGAAAACUGAGGCGGUAGCAGAGAUUACCAGUACGUUUGAAGAGCUGGAACGGGCGCUACAUCAGCGCAAGACUGCCCUCGUUACAGACCUGGAGAACAUCUGCAGCACGAAGCAGAAGGUCCUGCAGGCUCAACUUUCAUCUCUCCUCCAAGGGAAGGAACACAUCCAGAGCAGUUGCAGCUUUACAGAGCAGGCUCUCAGCCAUGGCAGUGCUACUGAGGUGCUGCUAGUUCAGAAGCAGAUGAGUGAGCGGGUAACAGCACUGGCCCGACAUGACUUCCCAGAGAGACCACAUCAGAAUGCACACCUGGAUUGUCAGGUGGAAACUGAAGGUCUGCGACGCUCCAUCCAGAACUUGGGUGUUCUCAUCACCACAUCUGCUGUGGCUCACACCUCCGUCGCCACAGGAGAGGGUCUUCGCCAUGCAGCAACUGGGCAACACCACACCAUUACUGUGACAACAAAAGACAAAGAUGGGGAGUUGGUGCGGACAGGAAAUGCUAUUUUAAAAGCAGAGAUAACGUCUGCUGACGGGAGCCGGGCUGCAGAAACAGAGAUAGCGGACAAUAAGAAUGGGACGUAUGAGGUGGGCUACACUUUACGCUCUGAGGGAGAGUACUCUUUUGCUCUGUCGCUAUACGGCCAGCCGAUACGUGGCAGCCCCUUCCGCCUGCGGGCGGUCAAGCCCUCAGAUGUGCCACAGUCUCCAGAUGACGUGAAGAGGAGGGUGAAGUCCCCCAGUGGGACAGGGGGCCACAUACGGCAGAAAGCAGUGCGACGGCCUUCCAGCAUGUACAGCACCACCAAGAAAAAGGAGAACCCCAUUGAGGAUGAACUCAUCUACAGAGUGGGUUCCCGGGGCAGAGAAAAAGGGGAGUUCACAAAUCUGCAGGGAAUCUCCGCAUCUGGUAACGGCAGAGUGGUGGUGGCCGACAGCAACAACCAAUGCAUACAGAUAUUCUCCAAUGAUGGGCAGUUCAAGAUGCGCUUUGGGGUCAGAGGUCGGUCUCCCGGGCAGCUGCAGAGGCCGACAGGCGUCACUGUGGACAUGAACGGUGACAUUGUGGUGGCCGACUAUGACAAUCGAUGGGUCAGCAUCUUCUCCUCCGAUGGCAAGUUUAAGAAUAAGAUCGGAGCAGGUCGGCUCAUGGGUCCUAAGGGUGUGGCUGUGGAUAAAAAUGGACACAUCAUCACUGUGGACAACAAGGCCUGCUGCGUCUUCAUCUUUCAGUCCAAUGGGAAGUUGGUGACUAAGUUUGGAGGCAGGGGGACAUCUGACAGACAGUUUGCAGAAAAACUUGGCCCAAACUUAAAUAAAUCUGGCUCAGUUUUCAGUCCGCACUUUGUCGCAGUGAACAACAAGAAUGAAAUUAUUGUGACCGAUUUUCACAAUCACUCUGUGAAGGUGUACAGUGCAGAUGGAGAGUUCUUGUUUAAAUUUGGCUCCCAUGGUGAAGGCAAUGGCCAGUUCAAUGCUCCCACUGGUGUAGCUGUGGACGCCAAUGGAAACAUCAUUGUAGCUGACUGGGGAAACAGCAGAAUACAGGUGUUUGACAGCACAGGCUCCUUCUUAUCUUAUAUUAACACCUCAGCAGACCCGCUGUACGGCCCCCAGGGCCUCGCCCUCACCUCUGACGGACACGUGGCUGUUGCAGACUCUGGCAAUCACUGCUUUAAGGUUUACAGAUAUCUUCAGUAGACUGAGGGAAGGCAACGCUGACAUAACUCUUGCUUAGACUCCACAUUCUGCCUGUACGCAUAGAACUGCAACAUUUCAUUUAGUCUGUACAGCCUAUCUGUAAUUUGGAAGAUCUAAUAUUCCGAACUUAAGACAGAAGUCUGAGAAAAAUAAGUUUGCAAAAACAUCAAUCCCCCAAAAAUUAAAAUAAGUUAGUUAUCUCAAAAAAUACUGCCAGAAGUCUCAUUAAUUCCCUAUCUGAGAGAAAGUACAUCUCAAGAGACUAUCCUGGUGACAUAAAGGUUAAUAAAAGGAAAUAAUUUAAAAUAGCUACUCAUAAGGUCUGUCUGCUUUAAACUGUCAGACAUUUGUGUUGUGAGCCAAAUCUGGAACUAGAUGUUUCGGCUCUUUUUCCAACACGUAGGACCUCAUCAGUAGAUAGACCUGUCAGUCUGAAGUUAGUGAAUUACUGCAAUUUUUUGGGGCAGUGGAAACAGGCAACACUCUCAGCAACCAGCAAACAAGGGAAGACACAUGUUUCCCGGUGAGAAGGUGAUGCUUUGUGGUUGAACAAUGCUCAGGCCUUUCAUCAAACACUGUCGCAUGUCAGCGUGCUCCUAAAAAAUGACCCAGUCAUCACUGCCUUCAACUUCUCAUCAGUAAAUGCUAAAGAAACAUAUGCAGACAGGAAUGUGUCUUUUUUUUUUAUUACCCAAAGACAAGCAUCAAAAAGCACAAUAACAACAGAAAAACAAGGUUUGUAGAACAUGACUGAACCAGCUCUUUAAUAUUAAGUUCAGUCCCUUCCAUUAAGUUCACAUCUAUUAACCAAAACAAACUUAUGAUAUUUGACCCUGCUACUUAUUGCACUUUUGUGUAUUCACCUCUACAACCUAAUGUACAUAUGCAUAUUUAGGUGUAAAUAUGAAUUUGGUGUCCAUAUUAUUUCACUAUAUAGCCUACUUACUCCAGCACUUAACAAAUCAAGGACACUGGAACAUAUGCUAGUACAGUAGAAGGUAACGCCAAGUAGUAGCCAACUGAAAUGUGUUGCAGACUUCUAUGGAACAAAGUUGUACACACAUCGUUUGCUGUGUUUUAUUUUUUCAAAGGACUUAAUUUAUUUUUUAUUUUCUUUUCUACAUAAUUUGUUCUACAAAUUAUUUUUCUAAUUAGUGCAUUUGGACUGUCUCCUCUUUGCCAAACAUCGUUGUACAUAGGCCUUGUAACUUGUAGCACUGAAAUGCCGCUCGCUCGUCCGCCUCUUCCCAGAGUUCACAUCCAGUUAAACCGUUAACUUUUCCUUCUGCCAAAAUGUAUUGUUGUAAGUUGUUGUUGCACAAAAUACAAAUAUUCUAAGAGUUAUAUAGUUUGCAAGAGUAAUAUAUGCCUCUGUGUAUAGUUUAACAUAAUCAGAAAGUGUACUGUAUAUUACAAUCAUAUUCUUGGUGUAGCCGACAAGCACCUUUAUCAUGGAUUUUUGUAUUCAUUAGCUUGGUAGUUCAGUGUUCUGAAGGUUUUCGGCAUGGCUCCUAGAGGAUCACAACACCAGCCAACAAGCAGUGACGCAUAAUUUUUCACCUGUGAUUUAUGAAUAAAGAGUCUGCCACCAACGAUUGAUCUGCAUUUCCCAUUCAUUGGAAAACUCUGUGCUGACAGAUUUAGUUGAAUCCCCCCUUUCAUAAAUUGUGUUUAUGUUUUUUUGUCUGGUUUUUCACCUGUAGCUGACCUACACGUGUGUGAAAUAAAAGGAGCACAUAUAAAUAAAACACUACAUUAAACCAU